UCUAUUCAUAACUCACUUCCCCUGCAUAUAUCAAGAAUGUGCCACGUUCUGCAUUAUCCAUUUAGCUGAAGUUUUUGAGAACUCUCUACUAGAAAUGGAGAGUGAGUUUGUGAAACGCAGAAUUGAUACAAUCGCAGCUCACUUUGCUCCCAAUGAUGAGAUUUCACCUACCCAUCUUCUGCCUAUGAAUUGUAGUGGUAGUCUGAACUCUGUGUUUAGGAGAUGUGACAAUAAGGUAUAUUUCGCGCGACAGGCAUCUUCUUCCUUUGGUUAUUUUAUGAGGCAAGCAUCACUUGAAGAGGGUGGCUCAGAUUCUUUUGUUGCUCCAAAAACAAAUGUUGCUAAAUGUGAAGGUUCUAAUUAUGCAAGAGCACCAUGUUUUGCCAAACCUGCAAAGAAAGAAUCAAUCCUUUCAAAUUCAGUUCUUCAACCAAUGACUAGAAUGCAAGGAUAUGAUUAUGAUUCACUUGAACCACCUACAUUUUCUAGGCCAAGCAAAAAGAUUAGACAAGGAGAACAGUUGAACAAUGAGAAAAGAAUACAUCAUUCUGAAAUUGAAACUGAGUGGUCACCUAGAAUGGAUGUUGCAGAAGCAGAAGGUAAAUAUGUUAUCAUGGUGGAAGUUCCAGGUGUUAAUGUUGGUGACAUAAGAGUGGAGGUUGAUGAUCAAAAGUUAUCUAUCAAAGGUAGACGCUCUACUAGUUCUUGGAAAGUAGCAGGUUGUCCAAAUGCUUCUUCAUUUUCUUCAUAUCAUAAGAGGGAGAUACUAUAUGGACCGUAUGAGGUUGUGUGGCCACUUCCUGCUGGUGUGAACAAAGAGAAUAUAUCAGCUGAAUUUUUGGAUGGAUUUCUACAAAUCAUAAUUCCUAAAGUUUGAAACUCAAUAAUAUUGAUCAUAUUGUAUCAGAAGUGGGCAAUGUUCUGCAUAUAAAUAUAUUGUUUCAUUUGUAUGAGCAAUGUGACCAAUCGUGUAUAUAUAAUAUUACAAUGUAAUGAACAAAUGAUGGGUUAAUUUUGAGUUGGUAUACAAUAAUAUACUGAACAAACAAUGUCCACAUGAGGUCAUUUCUCAUUUGACAAAUAA